UUUGUUCCCAAAAUGCAUUCCCAUAUCCUCCUGUUUGGUUGUCAAAGAUCGAGCAUCAUUGAUUGAGAUUAUACAAACAACAUUUUUUUAUAUGUCACAUACACAGAAAGAAACACGGUACUGGGCAUUUAUAUAUAUAAAAAAAACUGGUUUGGACCAGUCAGCUAGUGAUAUCCAGUAGACAAGUAAUUAACCUCCUCUCUCACUAUUCUCUUUCUCUACGUACUAAGCUUAUAGGGAUGGCAAUCAAGGACCUGGACCGCGGGCCUGGCCCGUAAAGGCUUGCUGCGGGACGGGAUUGGGCCUCCAUUUGGUAAGCCCGCAAAAUUGCGGGCCUCGCGGGACGGGUUCAAAGCGGGACGGGUCAAAAGCAGGACGGGUCGAAAGCGGGAUGGGCUUAACCCGCAGGAUUUUGAAGACCCGCAACCCUAAGUCCCCAUUUCUGCUUUCGCCUAAAACAUCGAGAGAGAGAGAGAGAGAGAGAGAGAGAGAGAGAGAGAGAGAGAGAGAGAGAGAGAGAGAGAGAACGAUUCUUAUGACUUUUUCCCCAUAAAACAUAAGGAGUUCCGGCGAUGAUGCAUGAUUCGAGCUCCGGUGAUGAUGAUUCGAGCUCCGGCGAUAACGACUCCAGCUCCAGCGAUGACGAUUCGAGCUCUGGUGGCGAUGUCGAUUCGAGCUCUGGUGUUGUUUUGAUUUGGUUUUCUCUUUUUAUUACACACAACUAUGAAUUGCUUUAUUACAAUGUGAUAUUUCUUGUUUAAGUUGAUUGGUUUUGUUUUCAGUAUUGUGAAAUGGUGUUUUUCUUAAAUUAAAUUUGGUUACAGUGGUGUUGUUUAGGAGAAAAGUUAGUUGUAUAACACGUCACUUGUAUAAUUUGGUAAAGUGAUUCACGAUUUUCUUUGCAAUCCAAAUAAUUAAAAAGAGAGAUGGUUUGAUGAAGACAUAAAACACUUGAGCCAACUUAUUACAAAGAUAACAACUCAAUCAGAUUCAAACUCAACAAAAGCUUAUGCUGAUAACAAAAGAAGGCUUUUAACUCAAGAACGCAAGCACAAACGGAGCUUUGUGGCAUUGAUUUUGAUAAGUAUUUAGUGAAGCUAAAUGAGCUCUCUUCAACUCUCUUACACAACUCUUAUACUUGAGCAUUCAUGAAACAAACUGUAGUAGGCGGUUUGAUAAGGAGGCGUCCCGCGGGACGGCCCGCGAAGGCCUAUAUAUUUUGCGGUACGGGUUUGGGCCGGCAUUUUGAAGACCGCAGCCCGCGCGGGACAGGCCCGCUGUAACCCGCUCGACGACUAACCCGCUGCGGUACGGGACGGAACGGGAUGGGUAAACCAGUUUGACAUCUCUAUAAGCUUAUAUUGUCCAUACAAAAUAGAUUAUUAUAUGUAAGCAUCUACACUUUCACACAUGUAUCUGCCUCUCGAGUGUGACAGGCUGACAGCAGCGUGUAAAUUGCAACCGCGAACAAAUACGCAACGUCACCACUGGAUAAGUAGUUAUAUAUUUGGUUGCAAUAUCGCGUGGUGACUUUUAAUAUUGUUUAUGUUUGUAUUAUACAUUCACGUGAUAGAUGAUUUAAUGUUAAGCUAAACCUGUUAACAAUUUAUAUACCAUUGGCCAUUGGCCUUUAAGCCAUCUCAAAGGGAAAUAUAUAAGCCUUCAGAAUAUAUUGUAUACGUAAGUUAAUGUUGGUUCUUAAUCUAUGCGACUUGGCAUGGUUGAUAAAAUAUGUCUAAAGAAAAAACUAUAUUCUGAAGGGAGAAAGUGACUGGUUGGAUAACUUUGUGGAAAUUUGAGCACAAAUACUAAUUGUAUAAUCGAGAUCUUGGAUAUUCGGUCAUACAACGAUUUCCACAAGAGUUAUUUAAUCAAAGAUGGAAGAACACGUAAGUUAGUAAUGAUAAAACCUUCUAGUUUGUUACUGUGAUGUUAUGCUUUUUGUUUAUGAUGAUGACCCAUCCACCAAUACCCUUCGUUUAUAUGUGUAUAUCCAAGACCAUUGACUCUUGUACUAUAGGGUAUUUAAAAGGCAGCAUAUGUUUUUUAUACUAUAACAACUAUUAUGUUGUAGUCAUAACAUUCACGUGCAGUAUAAACCUAAAGAGAAACCCUAAUUGCCUACUUCAUUCUUCUUCUUUCUCCUUGAGAUAAAUUUGUUUGUCUUAUUUUUUUACUAGGGUUUUAACCUUCUAAGUUUAGACCGAUUUAUGCUUGUAGACACAUGUAUGUCGGAAACAAACCAAACAGAUAAUUUUUUUCUAAAAAAACAGGAUUAAAAGUUUACUGAUUGGAAAUGGUAUAAGAAGAAUCAAAUAGAGGUAUUUAAUAAAGUCAGUGUGUUUGAUAAUGUUUGCAAAUGUUAUUGCUAUCGUGGUCUAGUGAUUUUGUUUAUACAUAAACAGAUAAACUAGGUUUUAAGAUAAGAGAAAACCUAACCUCAUGAAAUAAUUCCAUGCAUUCCCUAAUUUAUGCAGGUGUUUCUAGCUAUGCUUUAGUAACGGUAACAAUAUGAAAAAUCUCUAAGAUACAUACGCGAAACACAAUAUACUAGGAUGAAGUUCAUUUUGCUAAUUAUUGUUUCAUGCGAAAUGCUAAUCUAUAUUAUGAGGCUAAACUUCACAGAGGGGACGUUCAUUUUAAUAGACAACUGAGUUAUCUUCAAAACCCUAGGAUUAGAAACAUAGAAUAGAGGCGAGCUGCCGAUCCUAUCAAAGCGGUUUGGUCAUAUUUAAAUAUAGGUAUUGCUUACCCCAACACUCUUCUUUCGUAACAUUUUUUUUUUGGUAAAAUGUUAAAUAAUCUUAUUCCGUAACAUAAUAAAAAGAAGGAAAUCAUUUCACUUCUCAACUAUAAAUAGGUGCAUUGUAUAGCCUUUCAAAUUUAACUACAAAUAUCAAAUAACAUAAGGGGAUAGUAGGAGAAAUAGAGUCAGAGAGAGAACAAAAGAGGGAAUCAAAAAUUCCUUUUUUCUUAUAAAUUUUCCAAGUAUUACUUCUAUAUUUCUAAGUUAUUGUUAAGAUGGAAGAUGUGAACAAGUUGAAACCCUCGUUCUUGAGCUCCGAUGAGAGUCUGGCUGUUCAUGCUGGUGCGUACGUUAACUAUAGAAAUCCAUUUUCCCUUUAGGAUUCUUACUACUUAUCUGUUUUUCUUAUCACCUCUUAACUAUGUACUAGGAAUCUGUUAUAGGCUUAUAAGGUUUGGAUAAAUCAUAUGUAAAAUCUUUUUUUCCUAUAAGUUCAUACAAAAAUAUAUUAGUUUGUUGUUUUAUCCGCUUUGAUCCAAAUUCUGAAAGUUCAGAUAACCUGAAGAAGUUACCAAAAUAUAAUAUCCGUUAGAAGAUAAACAUUUUCUGUUUCAUGGAAAUUUGUUAUAUUAUAUAUUCAACGUUAAACAUAUACGUAUAUUUUAUUUAUAUAUAAAAUAUUUAGAAUUUUAUUAUAUAAAAAGUUUGGUUCCUCAAAAUUUGUAUUAACAUGAUCGACACAUGUGAAUAAAAAAUUAAAUUUGUGACAUAUAUUAAAAAUUAUCUAUAAAUAUAUAACGAAAAUUAUCUAAAAUAAAUCAUUAGCUAUUCUUUUUAUAAAUCCUAACUAAAAGAGAACUGUAAAACUUAUUUGAUGAUAAAUUUUUAAUUAAAAAACUUACCAGGAUCCUAAAAAAAAUCUAAACUAAAUCUUACACACGACAUAGGAAAAAUUACAAUAAAAGAUAUUUUUCAUUUUCUUAAGUUUUCAUAAAAUUAAACAUUAAACAAAACUCGUGCAACGCAUCCAAUGGCGAAGUUAGGAGUUUUGUCUACUGGGUACACUUUUGAUAUAAAUGAAUAAAAGGCAAACGUAAAUAAUGAACUUGGGUUAUUAGUUAUAGGUGCACGCCCUACAUUUCACCAUCUAUUCUAACAAUUUUUAAAUGCUUAGUCUCUCAAAAAUUGGAAUAUAAAUAGAAUUACACGUGCAUGUUCACCCACAAUGUAUAAGAUCAUUUCCAACUUCAUUUCAUACUUUACUUAAAAUAAAAUUUAGAGUAAGAAAUAUUUUAAUUCUACUCUAUUUUUCAUUAAUAGUAGAAAUAAAAUAGGUUUACUCCAUAAAUGAAAUAAUACUUUUAUUUUUUGUUCAUUACUUUUUUUUCAUUCUAAAUAGAGUAUAUAUUUAGAGUAAAAUUCAACUCUAUUGUAAGAUUUAUCUAUUUUAAAUAAAAAAAUUAGUUUUAUCUUGAAGAUGUUCUGUUGCACAAAAAAAAGUUUUUAGAGAUGUUCUAAGGUGGCUUCGCCCCUAUACCCAUAUCUAGUUGUUAUUAAUAAAAAUAAUAUAUAAAAUAAUUAUUAAUAAAAUAAAAAUAAUUUCUUUUAAGCUUGUCGUACUAUGUUGGCCUUUGGUUUUUUAAUAAAACGAGAUGACAAAAAAAAAUAUUGCAAUUGUUGUUUUUUUUUUUCUGUUAAAUAUAAAAUAAUGCAAUUGUUGUUUAGGUCGACUACUUCCUUAGUCUUUUUUUUUUCUUUUUUGUCCUCGUUUACCUGCAUGUAAAGUAAAACAAUUCUUCCUCUUGUUCUACAUCCUUUACGUGUUAACUCUCCGACAAGCCUUUAAUUAUGGGGAUAGUCAGAAGUGCUUGCCUCGUUUAAUUUGUUUUGUCUUCUUUUCAUUCAUUUGAUAAGAAUGUCAAUUUCGUGACUGGACAAUGUGUUUGAUGGUUUAUCGUCAGGUGAAAGAUUAGGUCGUGAAAUAGUCACAAAUUCGAUAACGAUCCCUAUAGUAAGCACAACGACUUACUUCUACAAGAAUUCCUCCGAGCUUAUCGACUCCAAGGUCCGUUUAUAAAAACAUAUGCUUGUCCUUAAGAUUUCUAAAAGAAGUAUGUUAAUUUGAUUAAAAUCUAAUCCACUUGUGAUGAUUCUAAUGAUGGUUAACCAAAAAGGGUAAUAUUCGUUUAUAAAGAUGACUCUACUUUCAUUGUUGUAGGAGAAACGGAUUGUAUGUCAAGAGUAUAUUCGUUAUGGAAGUCCAACGAAUAUGGUACUCGAAGAGAAGAUAAGGUCUCUCUCUCUCUCUCUCUCUCUCUCUCUCUCUCUCUCUCUCUCUCUCUCUCUCUCUCUCUCUCUCUCUCUCUCUCUCUCUCUCUUGAUGUAUUUGAUUACUACUCCUUUGCUGAGUUUUUUCUUCGUUUUAAUUGUUCAUUAUAUGCUCUCUUGAUUAGUGCACUUGAAGGUGCUGAAUCAACUUUGGUUAUGGCAUCUGGUAUGUGUGCAAGUACUGUUGUGCUGUUAGCAAUGGUUCCAAGAGGUGGACAUAUUGUGACAACUACGGAUUGUUACAAGGAGACAAGGAUGUUCAUUGAGACUUUUCUUCCCAAAUUGGGAAUCACUGCGACUCUAAUUGACUCUACUGAUAUCGCGGGGCUUCAAGCCAUAGUUAAUAACCAUGAGGUUUCUAUGUUCUUUACUGCGUCCCCAACAAACCCGUUUCUCCGAUGUGUGGACAUUAAGUUGGUUUCUGAAAUCUGUCACAAAAGAGGAACUCUUGUUUGUAUAGAUGGUACCAUUGCAACACCUUUGAAUCAAAAGGCACUUGCUCUUGGUGCUGAUCUCGUGAUCCAAUCUGCUACUAAGUAUAUUGGAGGCCACAACGAUGUUCUCGCUGGAUGCAUAUCUGGUUCAAUGAAGUUGGUUUCUGAGAUCCGUAUUAUGCAUAAUCUCUUGGGAGGCACGCUUAGUCCGAACGCUGCGUAUUUACUCAUCCGGGGCAUCAAGACGAUGCAUCUUCGGGUAAAACAACAGAACUCAACCGCUUUGAGAAUGGCCCAUGUUUUAGAAGCACAUCCCAAGGUGAGCCGUGUCUACUACCCUGGCCUUCCUAAUCAUCCCGAGCAUCACAUAGCCAAGCGACAAAUGACUGGUUUUGGUGGUCUAGUCACUUUCGAGAUUGAUGGAGAUCUAGAGACUACGAUCAAGUUCAUCGAUUCUCUCAAGAUCCCUUACAUUGCAACAUCUUUUGGUGGAUGCGAGAGCUUCGUGGACCAACCCGCCACAAGGAACUGGGAUGUACCACAAGAAGAAAGGCUCAAGUAUGGACUCAAAGACAACUUAGUUCGUUUCAGUUUUGGUGUUGAAGACUUUGAGGACUUGAAGGCUGACAUUCUUCAGGCUCUUGAAACCACACCAACCAAAACUUCAUCGGUUUCCCACCAAAAGGGUGCAGUUUUCGACUAAAACUAGUUCUUGAAAUCGUUAUGCAAUUACGCAAACACAAUGUAAUAUAUUUUUAAAAAUUUAAGCAAAUCUUAUCACAUGCUAAACACAUCUUGGAGUUCAGGACUUGUCAAGAUCUCAAAGAAGAAUAUGAUAAAAGUAAGAUGUUUAUUCUUGGUCA